CUGAUCGGAGCGUGGCAGGUUGAAGGCGAAGCAGCUGGAAUUGUUAAAAGUCGACGAGUGACAGCGAGCGGAUCUCGCCGGGCUUAUAUAUCCGCAAACGCCGGAUUCAACCCUCGCGCUAGGGGAAACCCCGCCGCAUAUCUUCCUGCGACAAAUUCAAUUUCUUCCAUUUCCUGCACUCUCUCAGAGCGGCGAGGCGCCCUGUGCAUCGUUAGGGAGGAAUGUUGUUCAACGUGAUCCUCUCGAGUGCGUAAUCUCUUCAAGGAUGAACUGAUUAGUCCGGAAAACUGAUUGAAUUUGAGAAUAACGUAAAUGUGUGACAUCUUUCGUUGCUCGUUUUUUUCUUCGUGCACUUUUGUGGUAAACAUUUGUUCAUGGUGAUGUUCGUUAUGUCUUCGUCGACAAUUCGUCGCCAGACACUCGAAAGACUUUCCAAAUAGACAGUCGGUAAAGGAAAAUGAGGACAGGUUCGUCACACUGGAAAGCAGAGCCAUGUCUCGGGUGUCACGGGGUCAUCGCUUGGCAAUGGGCAGCAGCAGUCACGCACCGUGAACCUGGACCGCACUCCGAUUUCGUGUCACUGUUGGGGUCCCGAUCAAAUUCGGGGAGAGACGUCUGCAAAUAUAAAACGAGGUCCGCAACUGUAAAGAGCAUUGUCAGACGUACGAGUCGGUGGAAUUUACAUUAGACUUGCGUUUAUAUUAGAUUCAGUUCUACAUUAGAUGCUGAGGUUGGUAGGCCCGUAGUUGCGAAUUAUUUACAAUCUUUGAUUAAGAGCAUAAUUAAUCGCAAAUUCGCGCUCAUGUUUCGUUAUUUAGCCGAAUCAUCAGUACUUUUUACCGUGCGAAAUAUGUAUUUGUAAGAACACAGGUUGUGCGAAUAAUCGGAGAUUCAGUAGCGGGCUGUAAUUAUUAUUAUUAUCUAUGGACUGGCAUAAUGUAAUUAUCAUCGAAUAA